GCCUUUAAAUACGGUCAUUUGUCUGAUCCAAACAGGAGCCUGGAGCUGGGAGAGCGGCUGCUGACCCAAACUUCUUCAAGGCACGGCGGUGUGUCGGCAUCACACUGCUUCGGACAGCAUGAAGGCGCUCCUGUUCACCUGUCUGCUGGUGCUGUGGCUGAUGGCAGCCUCAGCCAGGAGGUUUAAUGACGAAUCACGGCUGAGACCCGGAUCUUUACCGAACGGAUACAUCAGCGAGUAUUUGAAAUCAAGAAGAGCGAGGAGGGCGCUACCUGCUGCUGACGCACCUGAUGCCACCCCUGCACCAAGGGAAAGUGACGGCGGCGCCGAUCUGCCCACCUGCCUGCUGUGUGUCUGCCUGUCCGGUUCUGUGUACUGUGAGGAGGUCAGUCCAGACAUGACUACCGUCCCCCUGCUACCUAAAGAAACGGCCUACCUGUACGCCCGCUUCAACAAGAUCAAAAAGAUCGGCAGAAAUGACUUUGGAGACACCGUGACUCUGAAGAGGAUAGAUCUAACAGGAAACCUGAUCUCAGAGAUCGAUGACGCUGCUUUCUCUAAGCUGACCAUCCUGGAGGAACUUUCUCUGGCCGAGAACAAACUCAUCAAACUUCCUGCACUCCCAGCCAAACUCACUUCCUUCAACGCAAACCAUAACCUGCUCAAAACCAGAGGCGUAAAAGCCAACACUUUCAAGAAACUAACCAAGCUGGCCAACCUGUACCUGGCCAACAACCAGCUGGAGGCUGUCCCAUUCAUCCCAGAGAGCGUCCGGAUCUUACAUCUACAGGACAACAACAUCACUGAGGUCAACACAGACACCUUCUGCAAGUCUGACGACUCCUACUACCUACGACUGAGCCUCUCUGAGGUCCGGAUGGACGGGAACCCGGUCGUGCUUUCCAAAUAUCCCGACAGCUUCACCUGUAUGAAAGUGCUGCCUGUGGGCCGGUACCGCUGAGGAGGACAUAAACUGUACUGUAGGCCAGACACCACAAAGACUAACUUCAAAGCCUCUGCAACAGAACAGAACGUUUCCCACAAACAAAGCAGUCCUGGUCCACUUAAAUGAGCAGGGACCGGUCCAUUUUCACACCAAAGGUCCGGUUUGAUGCUCUUCACAGCUUUUAGACUUUAAUCAACACAGAAAACAGAAACAGAAAUAAAAGGUUUCUGUCUAACAUCCAGGAAUGACAACUGUUGGAUUAGAAGCCAAAACAAAAUUUUAUUGGAAAAAUGAAACUUAUUUUGCUUGUUUUUGCACUGGUUGAACACUUCAUUCAUUCAUAGAGAACAGGCUUCUUAAUUACAUCUAAUUAUUUCCCCAGUGUCCUGGUGACAACAGAAGAGUUUUCUCUUCCAAACUAAAUUAAUUUAAUCCGACGUGAUGUUCACAGUGAUCCGUCGUCAUGGUUAUCAGAGAUCCCGCCUGAUCCAACGCUGGAUUCACUGAGAAAUUCAAACAUCUGACUCGUCUUGUAGAUGAUGACGACUGUGUGGUGUUUUGUAACUUAACUUCAGUUUGUUUUCUAAUUUAUAGAGUCCAGUUAAGGCGAGCUGGAGAACAUGUAUCUAUGAACUUUAUUAAUGUGAAAGUUACUCUCUCGUUUUCAUUUCGUCCUCUUUUCCAGUUAAAUAAAUCUUUCUUCUGAUACCUGAUGUGAAUAAGGGGUGUACAGGAGGAGGUGUAUGUAACAUGGCUGUAUUUGAUAUGUUAAUAAACUGUUUUAAUUACA